AUGGCGACUGUGGUCCCCGCCGCCGCCUCGUCUCCCGCCGGCGCCGCAUCCCGCAGCAAGAAGCGCCCGGCAAGCCCGGGCACCGGCGGCGGCCCCGCCAAGAAAAAGAAGGCGACGGCGCCUGGCGGCUCGCAGAGUGCAGGUGGAGAGGCUGCAAGUGAAAAUAAAUUUCUGAAUACAGACUCCAGCACAGGAUCAGUGGAAACUACUGCCAAGCCAUUACCAUUUAAAGACCCAAACUUCAUCCACUCCGGCAUUGGUGGAGCAGCAGCUGGCAAGAAGAACAGAACGUGGAAGAACCUAAAACAAAUUCUUGCUUCUGAAAGGGCAUUGCCAUGGCAACUAAAUGAUCCUAGCUAUUUUAAUAUUGAUGCUCCUCCUUCAUUUAGACCUGCUAAGAAAUAUUCAGACAUCUCAGGACUUCCAGCAAAUUACACAGAUCCACAGAGCAAGCUAAGAUUUAGUACUAUUGAAGAAUUUGCCUAUAUUCGGAUGCUCCCUUCAGAUGUGGUUACAGGAUACCUGGCUCUAAGGAAAGCAACAAGUAUUGUUUCCUGAACAGACUAAAUAUUCCUGUAUAUUGCUUGUGAACAGUGCUGAUUUGGAGUACCAUGAUGGAAGCUGACUGUGGGACUGAGAUUGUUUAAAACUAUCCAUGGAUUUUUACAUCUGGAAGUAGUUGAUAAUACAUGCAUUUGAAGAACACACGGAUUUUGUUUUCAUAAAUGCUGAUAUUUGUUAGUUUGCCAAUUUGUUAGCAAUUUAGUUUGGUGAACAGAAUAACUUAGACCUUAAGGAUAUGUAUCUAUACUAUAAUGUCUCAUUUAUAUUAAUUUCUGUAAAGGUGGGAUUUCAUCUCCACCCUAUAUAUUUUAUGUACUACCCUGGCUCAGAAGAAGCUGUCAUUUGAAUUAAGGAAAAGGCAACAAGCUAUCCAAAUGUCUAAAGCUGCCUAACCAGAUGUGCUUGCCACUUUGGAUAUGAAGUUUGUCCCAUCUGUAAAAUGAAGCUAAAAUAUCUAGCAAGUGCUGCCAUUGUGAUGACUUUUCAGGGUUCUGUGGCACUGUGAAAAUGAGGACACAAAUGUUUAUAUUGAAUUAACUGUCAACAUAAAUAAAGUUGGUCUCAAACCUGCUUGUAAAAUACA